AUGAACGAUGACGAGGCCAUCCGAAGCAUCAAGGCCAAGAUCGAGCGGGAGGAGGCCUUGAUGAACGCGGCCAUCAGCAUGCGGAACCUGCCCAUCAACGAGGGCCACCGCUCGAGAAUCGACAGCGAGCUGCGCGACAACGAGCGCAACAUCAAGUUCUUCAAGGAGCGUCUCGACGCCAUCCAGCAACGCCAGGCUCAGCAAUCCAUGGACCGCAUGUCGCUUGGCGAAGACGGCGCCUCCGCCCCGCACCCUCCGCCAAAGGACUCAAACGCCAACUGGCAGGAGGGUUCCUACGGUCCAGGCGGCGGCCAGUACGGCGGUGACCUGGCGCCGCCGCGACACCCCUAUGCAUCCCCCGAUGCCGGUUCGGGCAUGCCCAAGGCGCGGCCAAACUUCACAAAGCUAGACCUCAUCAAAUAUGACACUCCCUACCUCGGUCCCCGCAUCCAGCUCAUGCUGUCCCAGAUCCAGUUCAAGCUCAACGUCGAGGAGCAGUAUCUCAAGGGCGUCGAGAAAAUGGGUCGAGAGCAAGCAGAAGAUUGUGCUUUUGAAGCAGGCGUUGAAGAGAUACGAGGAACUGCACAUCGACAUGGAAACAUCCGACACUCAGGAUGGUAA